UUUUUAAGUAUUUAUAUAUUUAUUAUAAUCAUAAAUUUCACAUUCCAAAAAUCCUACCCCACCCCUCAACUCUAAACCCUAAGUCUAGAUUAGUUAACCCUAAGGGUAUAAUUGUAUUUUACCCUUCAUUAAAAGUGAUGGUAAAAAUGGUUAGUGUAAACAUGAAAAGUGGUACUAUGAAUGUGGUAUUUGUGGCAAUUUCCCAAUCCUAAACCCUAAACCCAAACUAUAAACCCAAACUAUAAACUCAAAUCCUAGACCCUAAACCCAAACCGUAAAUUCUAAACCCAAACCCAAAUCCUAGACCAUAAACCAAACUGUAAACCUUAAACCCAAAUUCAAACCUUUUGGGUUUAGGGUUUACGGUUUGGGUUUAGGGUCUAGGAUUCAGGUUUAGGAAAUAGGGUUUGGUUUUAGGGUUUAUGGUUUAGGAUUUGGUUUUAGGGUAUAUGGUUUGGGUUUAUGACCUAGAGUUUGGGUUUAGGAUUUAUGGUUUAAAGUUUGGGAUUUAGGGUUUAGAGUUUGAGAUUUAGGCAGUAAGCAUAACCAUGAAUGGAGACAAUCAACAAUGAACCUUAUUUGUGUUUAGUUUAUUGAUCUAAACACCCAAACACCCUAGACUAAGCAAACAGCUUACUCAGCCAUGGACAGAGAAAACAUAGAGAUAACAGAUGAAAAAAACAUGUCUGAAUCAAUAAUAAAAAGCAAAGAGUAUUUAGAAAUCUUCUCCAAAGGAUGUAGAGAUUCUUCUCCCUUAACAAGAGUACAAGUUUUUCUCUCUCCCAAAAUCUCUCUAAAAGUAACGUAAAAUGUCUAAAAUAAUAAGAAGAGAUAAAUAUGCAUGUCUAUGGCGGCGUAGGAGUAAAAAGAGGGAACCCUAGGUAAAAUCCCGAAAUAUUAGAAGUUUCCUUAAAAAUCUCUGCAGCUGGAAUAGGCACUCAAGUUGCUCCGCUCGAUCGGGAAUAGUCACUUCAGACUGUUCUGCGUGAAAAUCACCAAAUUGCAGUGUUUUAUGCCUCUUUUGCUCCAAAUGGUCCAUCUUCUAUCCAAUCCAACUCCAGACCUGUAAUGACUCGAAGUACUAGAAAUACUCGAUAAAGACUCAAAAACACUUUAGAAAACAUUGUUAGAAUGUAUCAAAAACACAAUAUAUCAAUUCCCCCAUACUUAGAUUCUUGUUUGUCAUCAAACAAUGCCAAGUAUCAAGAACAUGGAGAAAUGUUUGAUAGUGUGAGAACUCUCUUAUUCUCAGCAACCAUACUUUAACCGCGAAUCUCUGAACCAUACAAGCAGUAAAACUAGGACAACACACCCUUACCGGUACUCCACUGACUGAUGUUCAAAAAUCGGCUCCAUACUCUACAUCUCAAACUUAAAAAAAAAGACAAAACUCCCUACAUUCAUUUAAGAGUAUUCUCAUCACAUAUACUAUUCAGGGUAUACGGUCUAGGUGUAAAACAUGCUAUUUAAUGGUGGAGUUAAGAGUGUUUAAAGACUACCAUUUUAUUGUAGAGGAUGCAUGAUAUCGCACAAAAUGGCAAGAGAGGAUAAAUCAAUUGAUGUCCACAUCCUCUUCUCAUUUUUGCUUCCUCUGGAACGACUGCUCCGUUUUGGAUCAGCCAUAUGCCUGGUCAGAUCAUCUGCCUGCUCUCCAAUCUUUCACCUUGGUACCCACUCUUUUUCUUUACCUUUACAGUAACUCAUGUUUCUUUGAUUUCUUCCCCUUAUCCAUCACCUUAUUAUCGUUUUUUUUUAAUAUUGAUAUGGAGAUGUGACGAAGAAUGAGGUAAUACAUGAUGAUUCUCAGUGCCACUGGUGGUUCUGAUUUUGCAACCAUUCUGGUUCUCCACCCCUGCUCUUGUGCAGUUCGUUGGUUAUGAAGCGGUUGCUCCCUUAAUCUGUUUGUUCUUCUUUUUGACUAAAUUUUGCAACAGUAACAAGUAGGAGGCUGCGUUAGUCCUUUCCUCAAUGGUUUUUUUUGCACAUAUCUGCACAUAUGACACUGAAAAAACAAAUUCAUGAAGGUGGAAUAAAGGCUAAGGUGCAGGGUGGGAACUAGCUAAAGCUGAGCUAGCCACUCAGGAUCAGCAAAAUGGAUAAAAAUGAUAAGAAAUCCUGAGUGUCUUCUCGUUUCUCAGAUCUAAUGCCCAUAACAAAAAGAAUUUCAGUCAAGAUUAGGUGCAAGUUAGGUGGAGUUAAGUCUACCCAGUGUAACCUGAUCGGUUGUGAACUUCUGGAGAAUCAAGUGAGAUAUGUUAGGGUGUUCCAGGUCCACAUGUGUGUCUUUUACCACUGUUAAGGUCACUGAAUAAGCUAACUAAAGCACGAAGUGAUUAGUGAUCAACACGGAAAAAGAUCCUAAUUUCCACAAAUUUUUGACUGACUCAAUCCUAAAAACUGACUCAAACUGACCCAAAAGAAAAAACAAAAAAAGAAACGAGUAAGUAAACGACAAAAACCCUCCCCCAGACUUACUUCACAACGUAUCUGGUGUGAAAAUAAAUCAGAGAAAAUGUGAAAACAAGAAUAAACUUUUUUUCUGUGAGAUACUUACCUGAGUGGAGCGAGCGCUCCAAGAAAAUUAUGGGUGUUCCAUCACCAGAUCUCCGCCUGGAGCAGUGGCUCCUUCAGCAAUCUAGAAUUUUUAAGUAUCUCGGAUUUUUCUGCUUUUUGACCUGAGACUCAAUAAACUAAACUGAAAAAUAAGCAAACAAAAACAAAACCAAGUUAUAUUUACACUUACCAGUAGGUUGCCUCUCACCAAGUGAUUGGUUUAAGUCACUAGCUUGACUUGGUGACACGGAUCAGUCGGAUUGAACAUUAGGGCUUGUUAUAAAACAAGCUCCACAAUCAGACAUGUUCAGUUUCAGGACUCUGCUCAACAAUCCUUUUAUAGCAAGUUCCCCUUUCUCCUUAAGCUCAUAUGUGCGAAUAGCUCUGACUUUAGAAAAAAGUUUAGAGGUACCCUUACACUUUUCUCAUGCUCAAUGGAUUUCUCAUCACACUUCCGCGGAAUCAAAGUCAUUGUAGGGCUUCCCUUGACCCUUUUCUUCUGGACUUUUAUUUUCACUUAUGUAUUCUCACUGAGUUUCUUAGUAUCAGUGUGAGAAUUUUCAUUCAGAAAUUCUUUGAUCUCACUCUUGUCACCUAGCUCUUUCUUAGGAACAAUUUUCAGCUGCUCUCCACUAACCACUGAUAUGCAAGAGGCGUAUCGGAUUUGUGAUCUGGUUGGAACAACUUUUUAGAAAACCUCCUUGUUGAUGUUGGAGAAGGAGACUCUCUUAUUAGGUAGGUCGAUGAUUGCUUCCACUGUACCCAUAAAUGACCUUCCAAAGAUCAAAUGCAUCUCAUGAUCCUUGCUCAUCUCAACAACCUGAAGUUUGGUAUGGAGCAUACAGUCCCCUACUUGGACAUGAAGAUUGCAAAUGGUGCCAUAAGGGACUGUUGUGGAAGAGUUUCCAAAAGCCAGAAUCACCAGAGAAGGCUCAACAUCAACAAUGCCCAGUUCGUCCACAAUUGCUUUGGAGACAAGAUUCACACUAGACCCGGACUCACAAAGAGCUUCCUUGAAUUUUACUCCAGGAAUGGAACAUGGAAAAGCAAACUUUCCAGGGUCAUUAACCUUAGGCAAUAUCUUCAGUGAUGGUGCCAAUGCUUUAGUAAAAAGAGCCUUAAUUUCCUUACGAAGUUCUUGCAAUGUUUGAAGAACAUAUGCAAUGGUCGAAUCUCCCAAGCAUGUUCAAAUGAAAUCUCUUGAGGAAGCCUUCUCACCAUCUUCCUAAAACCAGCCAGCUGCUCUGCACUAAUGGGAUCCAUCAGAUGUUUAUGCGGAAUUGGAUAGGAAACCUUAAGAACAUAGAUUCGCACUGGUGGAGUCUCAGUAGGUUCGCUAGGAGCAGUCGCUCCAGAGCUAGCAGAGUGCUAUGUGUUCACUUAUACGCCUAAAACAGUCUUAGUGAACGGCAACUUUAUUGGGUUACAAUGUUCACCAAGGUGCUAACCACUACUACUUUAAAGAAGUUAGUUCACUUUAUCGGAGUGUGUUAUCUCAGAGAUCUUGACGUAUGUACAUAUGAGAGGAAGUCAUACGCGCUGCACCCUUUGUCCCUUAAUCAUGGUUUUUUUCAUUGGAUUUUUCUGGUAAGAUUUUUAACGAGGCAACACCUAUGACGUUUUGAAAGUACUUCAGGGACAUCAAGGAGAAGUGUUAUGAAUAUUAUGUGAUGUCCAUAUAAAAAGUUUUAGAUUUACUUGAUUGUCAAGUCUACUUGUUUUUCAUGUUAUACUUUGUUCCUAAGCUAUUGUAAUUUUAUAUAAAAAAAAUCAUUGUUCAUUGAAUAAAAUACACCAAUUCAUUUCUUCUUUUCUCUACUUAUAACAAAAUUCAUAUAAGCGCGAUGCAAAGCAAUUUCUAUCUAACUAUAAUGUUUUUUUUUCUAAGACAAACUCUAGCUAUUAAUGUUAGCAUUUCAUAAGCAUGCAUAUUAUAUAGUCAUGAUUAUAUAUUCUCCAUAAAGGAGACCGUAUUGAUUUUCUCCACCACUUUUUCUUCUUUUCACUUUCCUAAGGUGAUAUUUAUAAAUUAUAAUGUGUGUGUAUAUGUGAUUUAAAGCCGAAAUUAAUCUACACUCCGGAUAACAUAGAAAAAAUGAUUAAAAAAUGUCGAUAUAGUAUCAACCGUCGAAGAUAGAACUAAGAAAGUGAUGCCUCCCUAUAAAUAGAUGUGGAAACAAAGACAAAUCCUUUCUAGAAAUGUUAAAACAAGAAAAGCUAAUUUUACCUUCAUUGAUGAGGCAUCAGCAUGUGUAUGUGCCCUUUUGGGGAAACAAUAAAUUAAUUUUGUGUAUAACACAUCGAAAAUUUCGUGACAAGAAAGUGAUGACAGAAGGUACUUGUGUAUGGUCUGUUAAUUAGGUGAGCAGCAGCCGACCUAGAGAGAGAAAAAGUAUAUAUAGGAAGAGAGACUAGGGUUUUAAAUUUUAAAUUUGGAGAAAUAGCACAGAGAGAUGAGUUUUUAUGGUUUGGUGAUCGUGCCCAUCAUUUUUCACUUGUUUUCUGUGUGUUUUAACGGUUUGUUAUUUAAGACAUCGUACUAUAUGUUUUACCCCCAUUACAUUUCCCUCAAGUACUUAUCAUAUUCAAGUUAUAAGAUUAUCUUCUUCUUCUUUUUGCAAACAAGUUAUAAGAUCAUCGAUUAAUUUACUUGUAGCACAUUAGUAAAAGUCCAACAGAACAAAUUCAAGUUUGGAAAGUCAACAUUGAGACGGGCAUAAUUACAUACUCACACAUAUAUAUGUCGAAUCAAGGCCGGGAUAAUGUUUUUUUUUCUUUUUGCUAAAAGGGCCGGGGUAAUGUUUCCAGCGUUCAUUUCAUCUUCAAACUCCAACCUUCACCCUCGAUUCUGAAAAUAUGCGCUUUUGGAAUAACCAGAGUUGAGGCGCAAUCGACCAAAUAUUUUCGUAUUAAAUUUAUAUGUAACAUCGUGACAAUCUAAUCACCAAUUUAUGUAGAUUGAGAAUUAGGUAAACAAUUUUGGAUCUUGGACACCGCUGACGCUGUAGACAAAAUUAACAACGAUUUGGUGUAUAGUUAACUUUUCCGUUUAAUUGCUUUGGUUAGUGGGGUUGAGCUGGAGAACACAAUAAUAUAAGGUAAAACGAUACAUGUUGUAACUAUUUAUAGUAAAAAAUAAAUUUAAUACUAAAGUAUUUUUAGUAAUGUUAUAAUUUGAUAAAAAUUAAUAAACAAUUUGAGUUAAAGAACUCGGAAAAGGUAAAACUGGCAUGAGAGUCAAUGGAGCAGAAGCAUGGAACCGAUGUGUCCACAUCUCUUCCCCUCUCCCUUUUAUCGCACAAAACACACACUCUCAGUCCCUUUUUCCUCCGAUAUUUAUUAUUCUUUUCUCUUUUUAAUUUGUUUAUUUCUUGUAUAAUUAGCGAAAAACAAAAAUCACCAAAGAUUCUACAUUGGUGCAAAAGAAAAAGGAGUAUUAAAAACCUUAUUAUAAUAAUAUGUCAAAACAAAAUAAUAAAGCAGAGAAAUUAAUUCUUAAGCCGCGUUUGCAGUCUUAAGGACAAUGAUGAUGGACUUCUGACCCUUUUCUAGUUGUCAAAAUCAAACAUCAAACAUCAAACAUCAACGUUAAGCAAAAACUGAGUAGUAUAUUUGCGCCAGGUUCCACAGGUAUCUCUUUUUAUAUUUAACUUUAAACAAAUCAUGCUUUGGUUGAUUAAUGACUGUAAAUAUCCAUCACUAAUAAAUGUUACAUACAUUUUUACAAAUUAGAUAAAACAUAAUUUACCUGAAUGUGUGGUCACAAAAAUAGUGUAUAUUUCUUAAAACUAUGGUAUCUUGUUAUCUACUGUCGGUCAUAUAAAUUUGUAAGCCCUUGUUUUUUUUUUGUAGAUAGGUUCGAUAACGAUAGUUUUUUUUUGUUUUUUUAAUGAGAAACGAUUGUUUUUUUUUGGAAAAAUAAAAACGAUUGUUUUCAACCGUAACUUUGUGUUUAUCAUGUGAGAUAAAAUACAAUACUCCAUUUGAAAGUGUAAAUGUAAGAAAUGAUCUAUUUGUUUCAUCUUUCAUUUGACAAGAUUUAAAUAUUUGAAUACUGUUGUAAAUCAUUUGCGAACUAAACUAAAAAAAACUCGAUUGAGAUAAAUAUCUGUACUUAGUGUUUUUUAUAUUUAUGUGAAUUAAUAAACUAUAGCAUUUUAUAUCUGUAUUUAUAUUACUUUAAAAUAUAUAUUUUUGGAAAACUAUCUUAUGUAAUUAAGGAAUGUAUCUUUUUGCCUUUUAUCAUUUUUAAAAUAAAUAAGUAUUGAUUUUUUUUAAGAAACUAAAAUUAUAACUCAUUUGCAAAUAUAUACUUAAGCAAAUGCAACCAAAAAUAUAAACAGUCAAAGAAUUAAGGCUAAUUUGGCUUUUCCAGUCUGGUUUUUUUGGGUGAAACAAAAGCUUAUUGUGGUUUUUAAAAAAACAUAGAAAGGAAGAGGAAAUAGGAAUUACGAUAAUCUUAUAUAACUUGGCAAAAAUUUAUACAAUGUCACAUAUUAGGUUAUUUAUAGAGAAAGGUCGUAUGAUAGUAUUAAAAUACAUUUUGUUCAAAAUACCAUACAAAAUAAGUUUCUUCUGAAAUAGCAUUACAUCAAAUUUUAAAAUACUUUUUAAUUUUAUAUUUAGGUUUGGGGUUUAGUGAUUAUGGUUUAGUAUUUAAUUAAGAGGUAAACUAUGAUAAUGGUUCAAGGUUUCAAGUAAUUUAGUCAUUUUAUUUUUAAUUAAUGCUAUUUAAAUAUUUUCUUGUAAAUUUGUUUUUAUCAUAAUUUUUGUGAUAUUUAAAUCAUUUACCUUUGAAAAUAUUAACAACAGAGCGAAAGCCUUAAAGGGAUAUGCCUACUCUAAUAAACAUUUUACUAUUGUAGACUGAUUAAAAUUGAAUAGUAUUUGUAUUUAAAUUUCUGUUUACAUAUAAGAAAAUAGUACAAGUUUUUAAAUAUAUUUUGGUUUUAAAAGCAAUUUUAUUUGAAAUACUUUUGGGUAGAGUUAUCAUAUUUGAGAACCCACUCAUUUUUAUAUUGUUAGCUCUUUUUAUUUUUUGGUACAACAUACUCACAUUGCCAGAAAUUCCAAAAGAGGUUGUUCUAACAUCACCACUCGUUUCAUUUCUCUGCAAAAAGCAAAGCCCACCAAAAAGCUAAAAAGAAACCCUAAUAGUCGUCUGACUCAUCACUCUUCAUAAACCCCAAAGGCAGAUAAACUAAAUCAGCUUGAGUCUCAAAAGAUCAAACAAAAUAGAUUCUCUGGUUCUUCUUGCUCCCUUCUCUCUCUCUUUUUAAUAAUAAAAACUCAUAUUGGGCUAUUUUUAAUCCACUCUUUAAUUUGAGUGCUUCUUGAAAUGGGUGAGACAACAAAAGGAGAUGCUACAAAACCAUCACCAAAUCAAAUCUCCUCGCCUAAAGAUUCUUCACUUGAUCACCAAACUCCAACCCCAUCACCCAUCCACCACCAUCACCAAUCUUUCCACCCUUCUCCGAUCUUCAUCUCCACCGUCUCUUCUCCGGGAGCUCCGAUCAUCCCCAAACGACCACGUUUCAUCUCUUCCAGUGGUCUUUCUCCACCUCAAUGGAAAGCCUUGCCGUCACCUUCCACCUUACCAACUGCUGCCACAUUCCCUUCAUUACCGUCCCCUUCCACUGCCGUUGUAGCCGCCUCUUCCACUGAAACCGCCGCAUCUUCACCGCUGGAACAAGAAGGUAUUAACACCGAGAAACAACAACUCGAAACGGAGUCGUUUCAACAUAAAUUCAGAAAAGGGAAAUACGUGAGCCCUGUAUGGAAACCACACGAGAUGCUAUGGCUAGCAAAAGCUUGGAGAGUCCAGUACCAAAAACAAGAAACCGGGCCUGGUUCCGGAUCCGGGUCUGGCGAGGGAAGAGGGAAAACACGGGCUGAGAAAGACAGGGAAGUAGCUGAGUUCCUUAACCGGAACGGUGUAAACCGGGAUUCAAAAAUCGCCGGUACGAAAUGGGACAACAUGCUUGGUGAGUUUAGGAAAGUGAACGAGUGGGAGAAAGGAGGAGAUAGAGAGAAAUAUGGUAAGAGUUACUUCAGGCUCUCUCCUUACGAGAGGAAACAACAUCGACUUCCCGCUUCUUUCGACGAAGAAGUGUACCAAGAACUUGCUCUUUUCAUGGGUCCACGUGCCAGAGCUCUGUCUAUUAAACGUAGUAGUGGCGGAGCUCCGGCUGACGUUACCUUAACACCUCCUCCUGCUGAGACGUUUCCUCCUAUUCUUCAUCCACCGUUCAUGACUUCAAGAGACGAUGAUGUUGAUAAUAACCGUAUCACUUCGAUCGGAAGAGGGAAGAGACUAGCAUUAUCAAUAGCUGGGGAUGAUCAUCCUCAAUAUCCGUAUACACACAACAUUGGUAGAGGGUCAGGUUUAUUCUCUAAUAGGUCAUACUUCAAUCCUUCUUUUGAGACGAUUCCUUCUUCCUCUUCAUCUUUAAAAGAUCUUCGUCGUAUUGGGAAAAUACGGUUAACCUGGGAGGAAUCGGUUAACUUGUGGGCUGAAGAAGGAGAGGUUGAUUAUGGGAGAAUUAGGGUUAGUGGGUCGAGUUUCUUGAAUGCAGACGAGCUCACCUACUUGGAUGAUUCCAUGGUGGCUUGUACAAUGGAAUCUUUUGAAGAUGGACCUCUUAGAGGAUUCUCUUUGGAUAAAUUCAUUUCUGGUCAACAUCUUAAAGUCUUUGGAAGACAAAAGUCAACAUCAUCAUCUGCUCCUUCACCUUCAGUUAAUAUGGCAAAUUCGAUUGAUCGAGCUCAGCUUCCACUCGCAGUGCCAAUUAACAAAUCAAUAUCAACAUUGGAGUUCCAAGACCCAUCAGAGCAUUACUUGAGUAGCUUGCGGGUCCCGGCGGCAAAUCCUCCGAGCUUAUUUGAGCUAGGACGGUACCUUCAAGAACCGCCGCCAGAAAAUCUCCGGUUUCCUAUCCGGCGAGACGUCUACAAAGACUUGCCGCCGGGGAAAGAGCUCUUCUUCUCCACUUCCACAACGGAGCUUCUAGAUUGUAGAGCAGUCACAUAUGAUAUCAUCAGCCCCGUAAUGUUCCGCUUAAGCCCUAAUUCCGUCAUUUCCAGCAAAGACUCGCUGAUCCCUCUUUGGGACGACUGCGUUAACCGGAUGGUUUCAAAGUUUUGCGAUAUGGUGGUUUUGCGCAAACCGGAUUCGUCUUCUUUUGUUGAAAACGUUCAAGAUCAGUGGCCAAACGUUGUGGGAUUCGUAAAAGGAUUCGGAUUAUGGAGAGGAGAAGAGGUCGAGAAGGUACGCGAAGGUGCAGCUGUUCCUUCUUCUCUAUUGGUCAAAAAGAUUCUUUGGUCGUACGACGAUCUUCCUUACAUUCUUGGUUACCACGCAAUAGGGUUCACCGUAACCUUCUGCGCUUUGAGCCGUUCUUCGCAAGACCGAGUGGUCUGCACUGAUCUUUAUUCAUUCGACGUCUCUUCACCGUCGGACAGAAUCAAGGCCUUGGUUCCUUGUUACCGUCUCGCUUCUCUUUUACAUUUGCUUGCAGAUCGGUGCACUAUGAGGCAUUUAUGUUACAACGACUUCGAGAGAAUUAGUCAUAGAGAUUUCGUAACCGAGAUAACCCCUAACACGGUGACUAAGUAUUACUCAAGCAAGAGAAAAUGGAGUGUAGUGAAAGGAAUCUACGAUUUUCUCGACCAAAGAGUUCCACACGCGGAGCAUUUGAAUAGUGCAAGAGAGAAGGAACUAUCACUGAGUUUUAAGCCACGUGGUGUAAGAGUCAAACCAUGUAAUGUUGAUCAGCUUAUCGAGUCUCUGAUGUGUGUGACGAGAGCUCUUGUUGCGCUUCAUGACCUUUCGUUCAUGCAUCGUGACAUGAGAUGGGAAAAUGUCAUGAGAAGCGCGGAAAUGACGACAACCACAUCGGACGCGGAAUGGUUCGUUUGCGGGUUUGACGAAGCGGCUGAGUCCCCGCAGCUUAACCCGCACCGGUCUAUGGACGAGGAAGAGGAGGAGGAGAAUGGGAGGCAAGCUCCGGAGAUGGAGAGAGGGUUGCAUGCGGUGAAAGUGGAUGUAUGGGGAGUGGGUUAUAUGAUAAAGACUUGUGGAUUGACUAAUGUGCCAAAGAUGUUGAGAGAACUUCAAGGGAAGUGUUUGGAGCCGAACCAGGAGAACCGACCAACCGCAGCCGAUUGCUUCCACCACCUGCUUCAGGUUCAGUCUGCCAGUUCAUCCUCGUAUUAGUCCUUUUAAUUAUAUUUUCUUAGUUCACAUAUGAAUCUUGGAAACUUAGAUCAACAUUUAGGUUUUGACCACCAGCCGAGAAAACUUUGUCCCUUUUUAAUAAUUUUGGCAGCUUUGAAACUGGAGCAACGUUUCGUUUCGAAUAUUUUGAGAGAUGGUAGUGAGUAGUAGUUAGCAGCGGAUAAUAUAUUAAUAUCUAAUAUUUUCGCUGGACUCAUGAUAUGCAAAAAUAGAAGCAAUUGUAGCUUAAAAUAUAGUUUUCUUUAUUUUUCAAUCGAGAGUUGAUUAUCUUUAUCAUAAACCAUCGUUACAAGAGAAUGGCACUUCACGAUUAUACCUCUGAGAAAAACAGCAGACCCAACCACUCCCUAACAGCAACAAACCCCGGCCGGAACCUAAUACCCCGCCAUCACCAAAACACAUCACAGGCUAUUUCUUUCAUUUACAAAAAGAUCCUCAUUCAACCAAACCGGGGCUCCUGUCGCCAGGCCCGGCUCAAUCAUAUAUUGGGCCCUGUGGCCUGCAUAGAUUUUGUUUAUAUGAGAAUAAGAUACAUAAUUUUUUUUUUAAAUACAGUCCUAAAAUUUUCUAGAAAAAACGUUAAAUUCUUACUUAAAAAUUAUAAAAACAAACUGGGUCUAGUGCAAAUGCACCAUGGGCACUAUCCAAAAGCCGGGCCUGCUUGUCGCAACAUAAAGAUUGGACCAAAUAUUUUUGGAUCACACUUUGAGCAAUGAAAGAAGCGACUUUGUUGACAUCUUUGGCUAUACUUUCGACUUUGCAUUCUCCAAUACCACAAAGGCCUCUAACAAUGUCAAAGCUGGCCAAGCGUGAGGCCGAUUUAUAGCCCAAAAAAUCCUUCAAUUCACUUGCAAACAACACCUUUUUAAUCUUCUGGCUUGACAUACUCUCCACCGCCCAUAUAAUUGUCUUUAGGUUUGCUUCGUCUCUGUUCCUGCAACCAUAAAAGGCUUAAUAUAUAAUUUUUUUUUGAGUAUAUAUUUUAAAAAGAAACAAAAGGAGGAAUAAGAUAUUUGAUUGUUGACUGAUGAGAAGUUAGGGUGUGUGUCGGGAGAAGCAACCAACAUGGGGUUAAACCGAAAUGGCGGCUGUUUUCUAUCACCUGUCUCAGUUCACCUGCGCCAUAUUUCACAUUUAAACGGAUACUAGAUUUUGAUCCGUGCUUAGAAAACGCGGAUUUAUUUUUCAUUUAUUGAUCCAAAAUUGAUUAAAACUACCAUUAUUUUUUUUGUUUCAAAUACAAUUGAACUUUUAUGUUUUUAUCAUUUGUUUUUCUUCAAAGGAUGGUAAUUGUUCAAAAUAUAUUUAAGCAUGAUAAGUAUGAUUUAAUAGUAUAUAUAUAUUAUAUAUUGAAGAACAAUGUGUUCUCAUUAUUGAAAUGUAGUAACAAUAUGAAUUAUCGGUUUUAAAUUGAAAAUGAGUUUAUCUUGCCAUAUUCUAUAUUAUAGUUCUAACCAUUAAUCUCCACUAUUUUUUUAUCCCAAUUCGAUUUUGAAGCUACUACUAUUUUUUUACCUGUUCUUUCAAAGCACAAAUAUUUAUUUUUAUGACUAUUUUGAUAAAAUUUGCAUGAUUUAUAACUUUUAUAAUUUUGAGUUUCAAGUAGUAUUUUCAUAUCCAACACAGAUCCGUGGUCAAACCAGUAGACUCAUCACCAUGUAUAUAAUCCGGUUCAGAUUUAAUGAAAAAUUUGUUAACAAAAAAUCUGAAAGAAAUCCGGUAAAACUCAAAACCCGCUAUUAACCAGUUGGAAGUAGUCUUUAUAAAAAAUGAUUUGAUAUGAUAUAUCAUGUGGUCGAGUUUAAUGUGAUCUUGAUGGACUGUAGUCAUAUUGUUGUAGUACAUUGUUAUAUUGAAAUUUUGAGUAAUUAUGUUGUAAAGAAUAAAAACAUUUGGCUAAAGUUGUUUUUAUACUGAAAUAUUGUAUGUGUAUAAUGGGUUUUCAAAAAGAUAUAGUUCUUUAUGAUUUUUAUGUAUAUGAUUAAGUAUGACCACUAAAAGUUUGAUUUUAUGGAGUAAUUUAAGAUUAGAUUUCAUUUGUGUAUAAUAAAAUGAUUUCUCAAAUGAUACUUAUGGUUUUUAAAUUUGAGCAUUUAAUUAAUGAAUAUUCUUGAUUAUUGGACUGCAUAUGUAGCUAUAGGCUAAUAUGCUAUUAAUGAGAAUUAAAAUUUCAUUGGAAAAGUAAAAGCAUUUUAGGUAAAAUUUAGUUUUUCAAUAAAGAAAAAAACAGAAACAAUGUUUUAAUAGUAUAGAUAUUUUAGAAUCAUAUAUACCUAUUGUGCUAAUCAGGUUUGGAGCUUAAGAGGUCAUAAAACGUUUAAAAUAAUGAAGACUGGCGUGGUAGCAGGCGAGAAUUGCGACCAGAUGAUGGCUG